CCAGCAAAUAAAGAAUCAGCUCCGCAGAAAAGCUCUGUGAGUGUCAUGAGCGGGAGGACGAAACCUUCUGCAGGUGAGAUCAUAACCUCAGACUCUGAUCUCGGCUACAAAAUAAGUGAUAACAGCGCUAUCCAUAUGGAAGAUCUCGAGGCUGGUAAUUGCUUCCUAAAAAGGGCACAACGAGCUGUAGGACGCCUGGGUAUAGAGCAGCGCGGCAUCGAGCGCGUACCAGAGGACGAAAGAACCGAUGUCUCGAUGACGAACAUUGGGAGCUUGUGGCUCUCUGCAAACAUGACCGUGUCGACAUUUGCUGUUGGCAUGCUUGCCAGACCCGUCUUCAAACUUGGCUUUUUUGAUGCCGCAUUGACAAUAAUAUUUAUCAACAUGCUUGGUACCAUACCUGUUGCUUUCUUUGCAACAUUCGGCCCGCAAUUUGGUCUCAGGCAGAUGAUUCUCUCUAGAUUCUGGUUUGGAUACAAUGGCGUCAAAUUUAUCACUGUGUUCAACAUCAUGGCAGGACUCGGCUGGUCUUCAGUCAACUGCAUUGUGGGCGCUCAGCUCCUACAUACCGUCACCAACUCCAUGCCAGGAUAUGCCGGCGUACUUGUGAUUUCGCUGUCGACACUAGUGAUCACAACUUUUGGAUACAAAAUCGUCCAUUUAUAUGAAAAGUACGCCUGGAUACCAGUAUUCGUCAUAUUUGUGAUUGUUGCCGGCGUUUUCAGCCAGACCGGUCAAUUCAAUAGUCCCUUAUCCCUGGCCACGGGGUCGGAAGAGGCCGGUGCCGUUUUAAGCUUCGGUGCCUCUAUAUUUGGCUUCGCCACCGGCUGGGCGGGUCUCAGCGCCGACUAUACAGUCUACCAGCCAGUAACUCGCUCACGGACAACCGUCUUCGCAGUGACCUCUGCGGGCCUCUUCCUCCCGCUCUGCUUUAACGAGCUCCUCGGUGCGGCUGUCAUGACAGCCUCAGCAGCGAAUAUGGACUAUGCCAAGGCGUAUUCCGACUCCCAAGUCGGUGGUGUGCUGGGCCAGGUUUUGGUUCCAUCUCUUGGCCGUUUUGGACAUUUUUGUCUUGUUGUUCUCGCCCUAUCCAUCAUUGCCAAUAACUGCCCAAAUAUCUACUCUGUCUCACUUUCAGUGCAAGUUCUAGCCUCGUCGACGCAGCACGUGCCUCGUUUCAUCUGGACAAUGGUAGCUACGGGUGUGUACAUUGCCAUCUCGAUUCCCGGUUACGACAACUUCGAGGCAUGGCUCAGCAACUUCAUGGUGAUCAUAGGAUACUGGCUCGCAGCAUACGAGGCGAUCGCCCUCGUCGAGCACUUUGCAUUCCGGCGCGGCUACGCCGGAUACGACCCCGAUCAGCACGCCGACCCGGACCGACUGCCCCCAGGCUACGCCGCACUCACUGCCUUUGCGUGCGGCGCCUCCGGUGCCAUACUCGGCAUGAAGCAGCUCUGGUACACGGGGCCUAUCGGCAGACUCGCUGGUGGCGACGGUGGUGGCGACCUGGGCUUCGAGCUGGCAUUUGCGUUUGCGGCCGUUGCGUAUCUUGGGUUGAGAACGCUUGAGAAGAGGAGGAUUGGGAGAUGA